UUUAGCUGUUAGAAGAAGAAAGAAAACCCAGAAUUUAACAAGCGGAAUCCGACAACUUUUAAUUUUUAAUUUAUUUAUUUUAUACAAAAAAAUAAAAGUGGAUUGAUUCACUUUUUUAUACAGAAAAAUAAAAUUGGAUUCUGUAAAGAUUGAAGAAAUUAUCGCAAGAUCAAUAGCGAAUAGGAAAAAUUUGCAGAGAUUUACAUGGCGACGGAGACGAAAACUGCUGUGGUGAAGCUCAAGCCAAGUAACCUAUCUGGUUCUUCCAAGGGAAAGCUUGAUUCUUCCGCAAUUAAGAAGAAAAUCGAGAGCUCCAGCAAGCAGAUUACUGAUUCUUCGAGGCCGAAAUUCGUAUCGACCAUCGUAAAAUCCGAGGUGAAAUCGAAAACGACAUCAGGAUCAUCAAAAGCGGCAACAACAACAACAACAACAAAAACAACAAAAACUAGUACUACUAAGGUGAAACAGAAGAAAGUUUACACUUUGCCAGGCCAGAAAUAUGAUCCUCCUGAAGAGAGAGAACCGCUGAGGAUCUUCUAUGAGUCAUUGUCAAAACAAAUACCAACCAGUGAAAUGGCUGAAUUUUGGAUGAUGGAACAUGGUUUGUUGUCCCCUGAAAAAGCCAAAAAGGCAUAUGAGAGGAAGCAGAGAAAGCAGAAGCAAAUUCGGAUGGGAACUCCGAUUAAACCUUUGAAACCACCAAGCAAACCCGAGAGUUCGCAGAAGCAGCUGCAGGCAUCAAAGAACGGCGAUGUAAAAGUGAAGAGGAGAAUUGUGAACGAUAGUGACGAUGAUUUCAUUUUAAGUCCCAAGAGAAGGAAAGCUUAAGCGACGUGGCCACUCAUUAAUCCCACCGUGGUGUAUUUCUAGAAAUCGCGUUUGGUGCGAACAUUUAGAUUAUUAAAUUGCAGAAGAAAGGUAGACAUUCUUUGUUUCGCCCAACAUAUUACAGAAAUAAGUGAGAAUAAAUAGUCACUUUUUUCUUCUACUUUAUGAUGUUCAAAACUCAAAAGUUUUCCCCAUGCCCAAAUAUUCAGGGGGUUGAUAGAUCGAGUUAUUGCUUGCUAA